UGUAACUGCACGGCUCACACAGUGAUUUAUUUUUCAUCCAAGCAAAGGCUGAUUAAAGAAAAUGUAUUUUGCACAUUAUGUUUUUGUUUUACAUUGUGAGAAAAUGCAUUCAGUCAAAUAGGAGUGUACUAGCACCUACCAAGUGUGUCCUGUGAUCUGGCAGCUCAGCCCAAGCUGUGUGUGAUGAAGGUUGCUCUAGCCCUCCUGUAAGGCUUGGUGUCCUGGGUUGAAGCUGAAGCUCAGGAGGCAGGUGCAGUAACGCUGUGUGUCCACAGGGGGCGCAGUGAGCACAGCUCAGCGCGCUGGAGAGAGGAGCAGAGCUGAGCCUCAGCUGCUGUUCAUGACGCGGUGGAUAUAUGAGGCUUCACUUCACUCCUCAUCUCUAAGGGGACAAACAACACUGCUGUGUUCUCAGAGAACAGCACGGAGACACCUUUUUACACACACGAACAAGAACAGACUGGUCUGUUUGAACGGGAUAGAAAGACUGACGACCCACACACACACACACACACGUAGACUGUGUGUGUAUAAUCACUAGGCUGGAUCUCCAGUGGAGCGCUUACAGGCAGAGUACCAGUGCAGGCAGGUGCAUUUCCGCACGCGCUGCUGGAGCAUGGUGCCAUCGCACAGGCUGACUGCUCUGUCCUUCUACUGACACUGAAACACACACACACACACACACACACACACACACACUGACUGAUCGGGACGUGCUCAUCUCACCAUGAAGGAUACAGGAGAAUCAAAAGACCACCAACUAACAGUGGCUUUGCGAAUCCGACCUCUGAGUGAUGUCGAGAUAGAAGAAGGGGCUGCAAUAGUAGCCCACCGAGUGGACGACCAGAUGGUAGUGCUGAUGGACCCUCUGGAGGAUCCGGACGACAUCCUGCGAGCCCAUCGUUCCAGGGAGAAGACGUAUAUGUUUGACGUGGCCUUUGACUACACAGCCACACAGGAGGAGGUAUACAGGGCCACUACAAAAGGGUUAAUCGAGGGCCUUAUCUCAGGAUACAAUGCCACUGUGUUUGCCUAUGGACCCACAGGUUGUGGGAAGACUUACACUAUGUUGGGCACGGAUAAGGAGCCUGGCAUCUAUGUCCGCACUCUUAACGACCUGUUCAAAGCUAUUGAAGAGACCAGUGAUGACAUGCAGUACAGCGUCUCCAUGUCUUACUUGGAGGUCUAUAAUGAGAUGAUCCGGGACCUGCUUAAUCCAUCCUCUGGCUUUCUGGACCUGAGGGAGGACUCAAAGGGGGACAUCCAGGUAGCCGGCAUCACAGAGGUCUCCACUGUUAAUGCCCGUGAGAUCAUGGAGUUGUUGAUGAAGGGGAAUAAGCAGCGGACUCAGGAGCCCACGGCGGCCAAUCAGACGUCCUCACGCUCUCAUGCCGUACUCCAGGUGGCCGUGCGGCAGCAGAGUCGCUGCAGAGAUGUCCUGCAGGAGGUUCGCUUCGCCCGGCUCUUUAUGAUUGACCUUGCUGGCUCUGAACGUGCUGCACAGACACAGAACAGGGGACAGAGGCUGAAGGAAGGAGCUCACAUAAACAGGUCUCUUUUGGCACUGGGAAACUGUAUCAAUGCUCUGAGUGAGAAAAAUGGCAACAAAUACAUCAACUACAGAGACAGCAAGCUGACACGACUGCUUAAGGACUCUCUUGGUGGGAACAGUCGGACAGUAAUGAUAGCUCAUAUAAGCCCUGCUUCAUCCGCCUUUGAAGAGUCCCGUAACACUUUGACUUACGCUGAUCGUGCCAAAAGCAUCCGCACACGGGUGAAGAGAAAUUUGUUGAAUGUGUCCUACCACAUUGCCCAGUACACCAGCAUCAUCGCAGACCUGCGCAGUGAGAUACAGAGACUGAAGAAGAAGAUCGCUGAACAGUCUGGUUGUCAGAGCAAUGCUGACAGAACAGACAUACGGCACGUGCAGGCGGAGGUAAAGGCUCACUCCACACAGCAGAGCCGUGCUGAGAUGGACCAGCUGAGAGAACAGCUAAUCGAAGCCUUCAGACAGCAGAUGGAGAUCAGAAAACGACUAAUGGAGCUGGACAACACGAACAUGGAGAUCCAGAUUGACACGUCCAAACACCUGCUAACCAUUGCAGACUGGGAGCAGGAACGCAGCAGGCACCGCAGGAAGUGGCAAGGUGAACGGAGGAAAGAGAGUUUUAACAAGGACGAGAGUGAGAAGGAUUCAGACACUCCGGAUUCUCCUCCGGACAGCACCGAGACUCAGGAGGUGGCCAUGGCCAGAGAGAACCUGGUCGUGCUCAUGACUGAACAGAAGAAAAUACGCAAACAAAAGGCUGGGUUGGAGCGCCUCCUAGUGGAGCUUCGUGAAAGAGCCCGUCGUCUGGAGGAGCUGCUGCCAUGCAGAGUGAGCUCAGAGGAGCAGCGGGAGGUCCUGGGACUCCUCUGUAAGGUGCAUGAGCUGGAGAUUGAGAACGCAGAGAUGCAGUCGCACACACUUCUCAAGGACAACGUCAUCCGCCAAAAGGAUGUGGUGGUGCAGCGCUUUGAGCAGCACAGGCAGCUGUGCCAUGAGAUCAUCCAGCAGCAGCGCCAGUUCAUUGACAAUCACAGUCUACUGGUGCCUCCGGAACUUCAGGAGCUGUAUGAUAUGUACAUUAGAGAGUUGGAUGAGAGAAAUCUGGACCGAGUCAUAGCUUUAGACAAGGCCACCAUCCAUACUCUGAAGGAGGGCUCUUUGCCCAAGAUCGCUCUCCCUAGCAGAGGACGUGACCCCAUGCAAGAGCUGGAUUCUGAUCAGGAGAGUGUUCGCACACUGGGGUCAGAAACCAAACAAGGAAGAGUCAAAGUGCGGAGACACACUUUGCCACCCAUUUUACCUGAACCUGAUAGUGACAGUAACCGUGUGUUUAAGAGCAGCCCACAUGCAAAGCAGAUGAAAAACUCUGUGGUCAUGACUCCUCCACCGAUUCACAUCAACGGACAGGGGAAUCGAGAGUUGUUGCCGAGUGCUUUAGAUGGAGCUCUGAGCUACAGCCUCUUGAGCCACAGCGUGAGCAGCCACCUGGACUCCUCACCUGAGAGCAGUGAGAACGGAACUGAAGCUCCUCUUACUCCUAAAGAGAGGCAGCAGAUUCUAAGAGGUGUGCAAAGCAUUGCGGUGAAAGCAGCACGGCGCCGUUCCAGAGUGCUGGAGAUCGAUGCCCUGCGUGUUCCUCCUCCACCCUUGACUCUGGAUCCCAAAAAAAACAAGAGUAUACUGUAUUUAACUGAUGCGCCUCUGAAAAGGCCGGUGCUGCGUCGAGGACGGCAGCCAAGCCCAGAGCUCCGCCACGCCACAUCCGACGACAAUCUAUCGAGCAGCACAGGCGACGGCCCUGUCCCAAACAGCACCUGGACACGACCCAGGAACCGCCAGGCCAUGCCCAAAAACACUGGUCCACGGGAGCAGGACUUUGAGGCUCGCAGACGUAAAAGAAGAUCUCGCUCCUUCGAGGUGACUGGACAAGCUCUAACUCAGGGGAAGAGCACCAGCCAGCGUUUCCGGCCUCUUGAUAGCACUUCUGAUCCACACCUACACAUUAACGGUCAGCCUCCUGCACCCCUCCUGCGCCCUCAGCACAGAGCUCAGGUUCAGAUUGGCAAAGCCCGACCCUCCCACGCCAACCACCAGACAGGUUCAAAAGCAGAUGCUCCCUUGAUCAACCUUCCCUCCCACCUUAGCAAUGUUAAGCACGGCCCCCAAACCAGGCAGCCUCAGCCGCUCCUCUACGUCACCUCCACAGGCACUGGAGGUCAUCGCACUCGCAAACACUGAGGACUUCAUUUACUCAUCAACACCAAGUCUGCACUUGGAGAAAGACUCAACAUGCCCCCAGCACUAACUGUGGAAUCCAAGACAUGCCAUUUCUUCUUCAUCAUCAGAAUCAAAUUCACUACAAGCCCAGAGAGAAACCUGACUGUUGCCUUGUGCUGUGUACAGACAGACUGGGUCAAGAGCCUUGCAUAACUUGGAGGGACUCCUGUGUUCCUUUAUGCGUUUCUGCUGAUGUGCUUGAAAUGUAUCUCUGGCAUGUAGCACGCAAGUGCUUUUAAGCAUUUGCAAAUCCAUUGAAUUAUAUAUUGACGUGUAUUGGUUGUCAUGGAUUCUGAGGAUGCAGAACUAUUAAAAAAUUGAAACCCAAGAUAAUAUAGGAAAGAAAUGCUUGUUUAAGCUGAGCAAUUUUGACAGAGGGUAUAAUCCUGCCUCUAAUGCUUGGGUUUAGUGUGUGAUCAUGCCUUAUGGUGUGUGUAUUAUGUGAUUCUGGGAAAUCAUAAAAAGCACCUUCAAAACGUAAUUCAGUAUAUUUAGGCUGAAUGUUAACCUUUUUUUUUUUUUUUUUUUACGAACCCAGGUAUGGGAGAGAGUGAAUUUUAUCCACAAUGGAACAGUAUAUUUCGCAGGGCUCAUGUUUGCAUAAGGGAUGCUCGGUUCAUAGUGUUUUCAUUGUCUCACAUGCGGUCAGGGUAUGAUUUCUGUGAUUACUGUCAUAGGCUCUGAGAACGAUCUCGAAGCUCCAGUCUGUUCCAUUUUCUGAUGUCACUGUUUUAGUCAACGUUUACUGUAAAUGACGAAUAGGAUUUUCCCUUCAUUUGCCUCAGGCUGGUACUUCAACUGCAUUUUCUCUACGGAUGACAUAUCCUUUGGUAGUACAGUCACAAAUUCAUAUAUAAAUAUCUAUGUAUUUAUCACAUUCCUGCACCUCAGAAGAUGUUUUUAAUCAACCUGCCUUUUUUUCAUAUACAUACAUAUACUCUUUUUUCUACUCUUAAUUUUGUACAUUUUUUAUUUGUAUACAAAUAAAAUUGAUUUCAAGA